GAAAUCCUGGGUUUAUUUGAGUAAAUGUGAAGAAGCGGCCGUGUCACGUUACUUCCUGGUUUCGAGCGCUAGUGGUUGGAGGAACUGCGUGGCUGAAAAAAGAAGCUGACACGUGGAUCAUCAUCAACACUUCAGGAAUCAGGAAAAAGCAGCAAUUCCUCACUCUGCGUUGUAGCGGCUGUGAAAAACGACAGUUUACUGAUUAACAGAGCACAGUGGAUGUGGUAUAUGGGAAUGCUCCUGCGAAAGAAACGGAUAAAAACAGAUUUUUUUUUUGCAUUUCUUUGCCUUUUUUCCUGUCACGCUCGCACGGACUGACCCGAAAGGAUAUCAGAGAAGAUAGUCACAAACUAAUAGAUUUGUCGUUGAAUGGCAAUUCUACAAAAACAUGGCAAGAACUCUUGUCCAGAUUUGGCCAGUAUUAAAGAGAACCCCGCAGAAUAUUUCGGACAAGCUGGAUCACAGAAGUGGGUAGAGUCGAGUCAGAACUGGACAAGGCCAUUAGCGAGGAUAUGGACGGUGGUGCUCUUGCUGGGGACAUGCCUGCUGUACUGUGCCCGUGUGGCGAUGCCUAUCUGUGCAGUGAGCAUGGCAGAGCGGUUCAGCUGGUCGAAGAGAGAGACGGGCAUGGUGUUGGGCAGCUUCUUCUGGGGCUACUGCUUCACUCAGGUCCUUGGAGGCUAUGUCAGUGACAGGGUGGGAGGAGAGAAAGUGAUGCUGUUGUCAGCAGCAGCGUGGGGAGCAAUGACGGCUUUCACGCCAAUCUUGGCCCAUUUCUGCUCCCAGCCCAUCAUCUCCAUGACUAUCUCCCGCUUCCUCAUGGGCCUGCUGCAGGGUGUUCACUACCCGUCUCUGGCCAGUCUGUGCUCUCAGAAGGUUGUGGAAAGUGAGAGGGGCUUCCUCAUGAGCACAGUAGGAAGUGGUUCAUACCUGGGGACUCUGGUGAUAGGAGGUGUAGGCUCUCUCAUGCUGGAUCUGUAUGGCUGGGAGAGUGUGUUCUACAUCUCUGGGCUUCUUUCUGUGUUGUGGGCAUACUGCAUGUGGAAGUAUCUGCUCAAAGGAGAGGGUCCCAUCAUCACGCUGGAGUCUCUGGGUAGUGCUGGGACCCAGUCCAAACUGACCAAGAGAAACUGGCUGCGUCUCUUCAGACAGCCAGCUGUGUGCGCUGUCAUUGUUACACAUUUGUGCACUGCUAGCACCUUCUUCACACUGCUGUCAUGGCUGCCAACAUUUUUCAAGGACACUUUCCCUGAUGCCAAGGGUUGGGUGUUUAACGUGAUCCCAUGGUUUGUGGCCAUACCCUCUUCCCUGUUUAGUGGCUGCCUCUCUGACCAUCUAAUCAGUCAGGGUUUUGAUACUGCAUCUGUGAGAAAACUCAUGCAGUUCUUCUCUAUGGGUGUAUCCAGUGUGUUUACUCUGUUUCUGUGUGGGACCACUACUUUCCCCACAGCCGUGGCUUUCGUGUCCGCUACUAUGGGCCUCACCACAUUCAGCCACAGUGGGGUUUCGGUGAAUGUUCAAGAUCUCGCUCCAUCCUGUGCAGGGGCUCUGUUUGGGGUAAUGAAUACCUGUGGAGCAUUUACAGGGGUCAUCAUGGUGUAUUUCUCGGGGUAUCUGAUCGAGACCAGUGGUUCCUGGGCGUCAGUUUUCAGCCUCAUCACUGUAGUCAACCUGCUGGGUUUAGGAACAUUUUUAACCUUUGCAGAAGCUCGGAGAGUAGACAUCGAUAUAAUGAAGGGCCGUUACCACAACACCCACAUUUAAGACCAGAGGAUACCGAAGCACAAUCAGACCUUGGACGAGUACCGUCAUAUGGAUCUUCAGUAUAGUGUGCAUCUGGGAUGGAAAGUGGAGGUUAAUAUGAUUCGAUCAUCUGCUUGGGCUUUGGUCUAUUAAUAUCAUGUUAUGGCUAUUGGAUGACUUUUUAAAAUACCUCAGUCAUAUACAUAGUAAAAUAUGUAGUCAUCUCUGUCAGUCUCAGAUAUCUCAGUUGUUUCUUCCAAUUGUAAAAACUUUUGGGAAAACAAAAAUAGUGUGGUGAGAGAUUCUAAUGUGUUUGUUACAGCAGAGGGGGCACAAGUGGAGGUUUGUGUCGGUUUGAAGAAAGUUACUGUCAUUAGUACUUUGUUGGGGAGACAAUCAAUCGUUUAUGAAGUUGGAGAGGUUAUCUAGCUGUUAAGAGUGUUUUCUGAUCUUUAAAGGAUGUUUUUGUACAUCUUAAUCUCCACUUUUGAAACAAACUGCUAGUGUCCUUUUUUUUUUUUUUUUUUUUUUUUUUUUUUUUUUAUUUAUUUGUAUUUGUCAGUGGGGACUUUUUAUCAGUGGGCCAUUUGUGUGGACCAAGAUGUUGCACAAUGAAAGAAGAGUAAAAUGAUUGUAUUAUGGUGAUGUCAAUGACUAUUGACCCACCAUAAUGACUAUUUUGAGCUGAAAUAUACUGAGAGGGUCACAAAAGUAUUGUAUUGAGUUGUUUAUGCAAAAGACUCGUGGAUCAGUUUUUUGCUGUAAAUCUCUGAAUUGCAUAUACGCCUUUAAUGAAACUGAAGUUGACUGAACUCUAAAAGUUGCCUAAUGGCACAAGUUAAAUGUAAGAAGUUAUUUUCUUUUUAAUUUUCUAAUCAUUUUGACUAUCAUGAAUGGGGUAGUCACCAGUCACAAAACAUAACCUUGCAAUAAAAAUACAAUCAAUGGGUUCUUCUAGCUGCCAUUCUUUUCAAGGUGCCAUAUAAAUUGUUACUGUUCAGUUACAUUGAAGGAGUGGAAAUUCUUUCAUCAGCCCUAAAAUGUUUUUUUUCUCUGAAUGUGCAUUAAAAUUUUGGAAAAAUUUCACUGUUACUGCAGUACAAAAAAAAAAAAAAAAAAAAGCCGGUAAAAGCUCGAAUUAGUAAUAGGUCACUUUUCUUUGUGAGGGACUCAAAGAAUUUUUUUAAAAGUACAUAAAUGCAUAAGAAAUAUGUUCACAUAGACAUUUUGUGAUUAAAAUCUUUAUUUUAUACAUAUAUUCGACCACACUGUGUGUAAUAUAUAAAUGUAUAAUUGUAGCCUAUUUUAAAGUAGUUUUAUAUUUUAUUGAUUUAUAUGAUUUUGAGAUUAGGUUGGAAAUGCUUAUAUGAUCAUUGCUUUUCUAAUUUUAAUAUAUAUUGUCUGUUUUCUGUUGUUUCUGUCAUGUGCUCUUGCCAUGACUUAUUAUCAUUUCAUGCAUAUUAAUAUUCUGUUUCGUUUAAGCAUUUAAAGGAAUAUUCCAGGUUCAAAACAAGUUAAACUCAAUCGACAGCAUUUGUGACAUACAGUAUAAUGUUGAAUACCACAAAAAUACUUUUUCACUCAUCCCGCAUUUUCUUAAAAAAAAAAAAAAAAAAAAAAAAAUCUGGGGUAUAGUGAGGCACUUGCAAUGGAAGUGAAUGCACAAAAAAAGGAAUAAAAUUAAGAUUUAUGAUUUUUAAUUUCAUAAAUUUCUAUCUAAUUUAAGUAACUUAACAACAUUUAAAUAUAUAAGUUUUAUUUAAUUUUGUUCAAAUUAAUUUAAUUCAAUUUGAUGCAAUUUUAUGAAAUUGUAAUGUAUAAAUCUUAUAGAAGAAGAAGAAUUAAAGUGCUUUUAUAAAAUUAUAAGCUUCACAUUUCUGCAUUUGAACCCUCCAAAAUUUGAUCCCAUUCACUUCCAUUGUAAGUGCCUCACUGCAACCAUGAUUUUUGCUGCUGCUUUUUUUUUUUUUUUUUUUUUUAAGGAGGGACCAGUCGAAAUAAAUGUUUGUGGUAAUCAACAGCAUACCACAAAUGCUGUCGAUUGAGCUUAACUUGUAUUGAACCCAGAAUAUUCCUUUAAUGCUGUUUAAUUGAACCUUUCAUGUGUUACUGUUCGUUCCCUGUUCUUUGUCAGACUGUUCUACAUUGCUGGAUUAUGAGGGUUUGGUCCAGCAUCACAGCUAACAAUAAUUUAUGAAUGAAGAAAUGUUGAAUAUUUAUUAUGCUGACAGCAUAAAUUCUCUUGCUCAAGUAUAACAGACAUCUAGGAAAUAUAAUAGUAAAUCGGAAUCAGUGAAUUAGUGUCACGUCAUGCCAUCCUGAACUUAAAAAGUUCAAUUUUACAGAAUAUUGUACUCUUAGAGAAUAAAUUGUCACUUGAAAAACGAAAUGUAAAACAAUGUAAUGUAAAUGUUGUAUUGUCGUGUAUUUGUAAGCAUAUUUUGCUGAAAUGUA